AUGUCUAGCAGCCAACAGAUGACGAUCACAGCUGAUGAGAUCAACACCAUCGCAAACAUCAAAGCUAACAUCUUCGAGAAGACCAAACUACCGCUUGAUAACCUGAAGAUUUCGUACCGAGGCAAGCAGCUGGAGGAUCACCGCACCCUGGCCCAUUACAACACGAAGAGGGCGCUGUUUGCAUGUCAGCUGCGCCCUCAACGUCAAGAUGCACGCCAAAACACCGACAUCACCCUGGAUGUUGAGCAUGUGCCACGGUGCAGCAGCUCAAGCAGAUCCUGUCUCGACGCCAAGAACAUCAACGCCGAUCGCAUGUACAUCGUGACUGGCGACCAGAUCCUGAACGACGAUCAAGAUGUGACGGAGGUGGUGCGUCAUGGGAAGGACCUCGGCAUGCACGUGGGUAAACGUGCUGGUCAUGUCAUCCUCGGGCCAAUCAUGCGAACGGCGGUGAAACGAAGGGCAGCAGACAGGGACCAGACUGACGAUCACUGGAUCUAA